GAUGGGGGCCCUAGGCCAGUGCGACAAAACAUGUUCCGCACGGCGGAUGUGACUCAAACCAAGGGCAACGAGUUUGAGGACUAUUUCCUGAAGCGCGAUCUGCUGAAGGGAAUAUUUGAAAAGGGGUUUGAAAAGCCAUCGCCGAUUCAGGAGGAAGCGAUUCCUGUGGCGCUCUCUGGCCGAAACAUUCUGGCACGAGCUAAAAAUGGAACGGGGAAGACUGCCGCUUUUGCAAUCCCUGUGCUUGAGAAAUGCCAAAUAAACAAACGAGCAAUCCAGGGGUUGAUCCUUGUCCCCACCCGCGAACUUGCUCUUCAGACGAGCGCUGUGGUAAAGGAACUUGGCAAAUACUUGAACGUGCAGUGCAUGGUUUCGACUGGUGGCACCAGCUUGAGAGACGACAUUAUGCGUUUGCACAGCACAGUUCAUGUACUGGUGGGCACUCCAGGGAGGAUCCUCGAUCUGGCCAACAAGGACGUGGCGGAUUUGCGGCAGUGCCAUAUCGUUGUUUUGGACGAGGCGGACAAACUACUUUCCCCCGAGUUUCAGCCGAUUGUGGAGAAACUGAUCGAGUUUAUUCCCAUGCAGAGACAGAUUCUGAUGUUCUCUGCAACCUUCCCUGUGACAGUGAAGGACUUCAAGUGUAAAUACCUUGCAGAUGCUCAUGAAAUAAAUCUCAUGGAGGAGCUCACCCUCAAGGGUGUCACCCAGUAUUACGCUUUCGUGGAGGAGCGCCAGAAAGUUCAUUGUCUGAAUACACUUUUUGCAAAGCUUCAGAUAAACCAGGCGAUCAUUUUCUGCAACAGUGUGACUCGCGUUGAGUUGUUAGCAAAGAAGAUCACCGAAUUGGGUUUUACGUGUUUCUACAUUCAUGCACGAAUGCUACAGUCUCAUCGCAACAGAGUGUUUCAUGAUUUCAGGAACGGCGCAUGCCGCUGCCUGGUGUCUUCAGACUUGUUUACCAGAGGCAUUGAUAUUCAGUCUGUUAAUGUUGUAAUUAAUUUUGAUUUUCCUCAAAACUCGGAAACAUACUUGCACAGAAUAGGAAGGUCUGGUCGGUUUGGACACCUGGGAUUGGCGGUGAACCUCGUGACGUAUGACGACCGAUUCAAUCUCCACAGGAUCGAGCACGAGCUGGGGACUGAAAUCAAGCCCAUACCCAGUCACAUCGACCCCGAGACAUACACAUAG